GCGAAAACCAGAAAAGAUUCUGUGGGGAAACUCUUUGUUUUCUUUAUCUUCUUCUCUCUGUUAUCUCUACUUCUUCGCUUUCUUCAAUUAAUAAGAUCUCACCCAUAUCUUCGUCUUCAACUACACAAUCACAACACUCUCUCUUCUCUCUCUCCUUUCUCUUUCCCACUUCCAUAGUCAUUGUCUCUGGAUCUAUUCUUCAUAAUUGUUCAUGAUCCCCCAAAGCUCACGGUCCGUGCAUCAUCAUUGACCAAGAUUCGAAGAAAAGGUUUUGCCCACAAAGAGUAUUUAAUAUAGAAUAAAGAAAUCUGUGUGAAAGCUCUUUGCUUUGACCAAAUGUGUUGGUAAAGCAUUUACAUUGGGGAUCUGGUUUUGAUACAAACAGAGGAGUCUUUUUUGUCUUUUUUUUCGGGUCUUUGAACAAUCUCUCUGCGAUCAGAUUCAUAUUGUAUGCUAGCAUUUACCAAUGGGGGGUUGUGUGUCGAAGACUACUUGGAGCAAUGAGGAGCCUAUCCAUCGACCAUGUCUCGGGAUGGGAUGCUGUGGGAGCAAAAUGGGGAGGAAAAUGUUUUCAGACCAUAUCGUUUCGCUUCACAACUUGGUUUCCAUACCGAAUCGGAUCACCAACAAUGGAAAAAGCAGGAGUUCUUGCAUUUUCACUCAACAAGGACGCAAGGGUAUUAAUCAGGACGCAAUGAUCGUGUGGGAAGAUUUUAUGUCGAAAGAUGUGACAUUUUGCGGUGUUUUUGAUGGACAUGGUCCUCAUGGUCAUCUUGUUUCUCGUAAAGUGAGAGAAUCGUUGCCUGUAAAGCUACUGUCUUUCCUGAAUUCAAUACAGUCAAAACAAAACGGAUCCACGGGAACUCAUACAGGCAAAUCAGAUAGCCAAGAGGCUGACAAGGAAGAAUCUAGAGAGGAGGAUAAGUUGAAUUUCUUAUGGGAAGAAGCUUUCUUGAAAUCAUUCAAUGCUAUGGAUAAGGAACUGCGAUCCCAUCCUAAUCUGGAAUGUUUCUGCAGUGGCAGCACCGCUGUUACAAUCAUUAAACAGGGGUCAAAUUUAUUUAUGGGUAACAUUGGGGAUUCUCGGGCAAUACUUGGUACCAAAGAUAGCAACGAUUCCAUGAUUGCAGUACAGCUAACAGUUGACUUGAAGCCUGACUUACCAAGGGAAGCAGAGAGGAUCAAACAGUGUAAAGGUCGGGUCUUUGCGCUGGAAGACGAACCAGAGGUUUCACGAGUCUGGCUACCAUUUGAUAAUGCUCCGGGAUUAGCCAUGGCUAGGGCGUUUGGUGAUUUUUGUCUGAAAGAGUAUGGUGUGAUUUCGAUACCUGAGUUCACUCACCGAGUUCUUACAGAUAGAGAUCAGUUCAUUGUGUUGGCCUCAGAUGGAGUAUGGGAUGUGCUAAGCAACGAAGAAGUUGUUGAAGUCGUAGCAUCGGCUUCAAGCCGGGCAUCAGCGGCUAGGCUUGUGGUGGAUUCAGCUGCACGCGAAUGGAAACUAAAGUACCCGACUUCGAAAAUGGACGAUUGUGCAGUUGUGUGUUUGUUUCUAGACGGGAAAAUGGACUCGGGUUCCUCAGAUUACGAAGAACAAAGUUUCUCUUCAGCUACAAACGCAGUAGAAUCAGACGAAAGCCAGAGAACAGAACCGUGUCUUCAGAGAAACGUCACAGUCAGAUCAUCAUCAACGAAUCAAGGACACAACAGUUACGGUAAUGUGAAUGCAGAGACUGGUGAUGCAGAAAAGGAGAAAACGACGGAAGGAGAACAGAACUGGUCGGGACUAGAAGGCGUCACUCGAGUGAAUUCGCUUGUUCAGCUUCCGCGAUUCUCUGGAGAAAAACCGAAGACUUGAUUGAGACGUGGCUUUUGAUUGUUUUUAAGAACUGAUUUUGUCCCUCCACAAAAAGAAAAAAUAGUCUUCUGGUUGCAUCAGUUCAUAAAGCAUAUGUAAAUGUCUUAGGUCUAUGGUUUUUACUUCAAAAUAUGUGCAUGAUGUUCAUAACUUUUAAAAUAUUCGGAACUUUGUGAG